CCAAAAUUUCGUACAUAAUUAAUUUUACCGACACAAAAAUAUCCACUUCUUCUAGCAUAGGCCUAUUUUGUCAUAAUAGCGUAGGCCUAUUUUGUCAUAAUGGCUAUUAUUUGCGCAUGAAAGCGUUUCCACCAACAUUUCGUACAUAAUUAAUUUUACCGACACAAAAAUAUCCACUUCUUCUAGCGUAGGCCUAUUUUGUUUUGUCGACAUUUGGAAAGUUACCUACAUUAGGCCUGUCCUGUUUCCAUGAGGUUUCUCCGACAUAUACUACUUGCACAUAAAGCCUGGAUGGAAGACUGGUUAGUUACACAAACACACACCACAAUCACGUGGUCAAAUCAAAGCGCAGAAUAUUGCGGGCGGGAAAGCCCCUCGUAGCUCAGUUUAAAACCGGCCUGAGGUCCGUCUCUUCUCAGACAUCCUCAGACAGUGGAAACUAGUGGUUAGGGCUACUGUUAAUUACGUAUCAGCUGCAAAGUGAAGGUAUUUUAAUGCAAGUUCAGGGUGCGGCAACAUUUUAUUUAUAUAUUUAAUCUUACCUCUGAGCAUAAGAGAAAGGGAGUGUUUUAUAAAACGAGAAAUUAAAUUGGAUUGGGUUCGGUGCUUUUUAUUACCAAUAUUAGUUUAUCUAUAAAGUACUGAAGGACAUUUAAAGUGCUUACAUUGGUGCCGAAAAUGCACAUCAAUUCCAUUUUAUUUUCUGCUGUAAUAAUGGCAGCAGUGUCACUGAUUUUGACCACGGUAGCUGCUGCAGACCCGAGAGAUUUCUGUUUCUGGACUAAAGUCACGUUGAACGGUGAGACCCAUCUCAGCUUCCUCCGACACCACAGAGAAACUCACCACCCCUCCUCCUCAUCCCUCUAUCUCUACCACAGUGUGUGGUCGGUGGAGAAUAGACUGGUCAACUGCGCAGUGAGUGACGACACGGCCGUUACAGACAGCUACAUGUCUGUGUGUCGGGAGAAGAGCACCACAGGAGAGUUCUCUGACCGUCCUUGUGAACGUUUUGAUGUCAGUCCGCAGUCUGAACUUGAAAGCCACUGCGCUCCUGUUAGCUCUCCAACGGUCACCCAGAGCGAAGCCGUUGGAGAUGCCUCUGAGGAACAUACAGAGACAAGGAGUAAGAGGCACGCACGGAGCGUUAUUGAUGAUAUAGCGUUCCAGAAUCCUCUUGGAGAAGGUGGUGACAGUUCCAGGGAUGUGACGCAAGCCCACCGGCGCAUAAAACGUGCUUUCAUCGUGCCGGGAACGCUUUGGUGCGGCUCAGGGAACAAGGCGGCGACCUAUGACGAUUUAGGUGUGUUUGCGGAGACAGACAGUUGCUGCAGGGAGCAUGACCAAUGUCAGGACACCAUCCUGUCGUUCGAGACCAACUAUGGCGUUUUCAACAAAAACAUUUUCACUCUGUCCCACUGCCACUGUGAUAACAGGUUUCGCCGGUGUUUGCUGGGGGCUGAGGACAGUAUUUCAGACACAGUGGGACACGUCUUCUUCAACCUGCUGAAGAUGCACUGCUUUGAGUUCUCCCACAGACUACAGUGCUCUCAGAGGAACUGGUUUGGCAUAGGCUGGUCCCGCCUCAUUCCUCUCUGUGACAGGUGUCAACAGUAUGAGAUGUCUCUGUAUGCUGUGGUCCAUCCUCCCACCUUCUACAACUCCACCCAGCCAGACCCUGACUUAGAGGAGGAUGACAUGGCUGACAAUACCACCACUACCAUCUCUACCCAGCCAGCCCCUGACUUAGAGGAGGAUGACAUGGCUGACAAUACCACCACUACCAUCUCUACCCAGCCAGACCCUGACUUAGAGGAGGAUGACAUGGCUGACAAUACCACCACUACCAUCUCUACCCAGCCAGCCCCUGACUUAGAGGAGGAUGACAUGGCUGACAAUACCACCACUACCAUCUCUACCCAGCCAGCCCCUGACUUAGAGGAGGAUGACAUGGCUGACAAUACCACCACUACCAUCUCUACCCAGCCAGACCCUGACUUAGAGGAGGAUGACAUGGCUGACAAUACCACCACUACCAUCUCUACCCAGCCAGCCCCUGACUUAGAGGAGGAUGACAUGGCUGACAAUACCACCACUACCAUCUCUACCCAGCCAGACCCUGACUUAGAGGAGGAUGACAUGGCUGACAAUACCACCACUACCAUCUCUACCCAGCCAGACCCUGACUUAGAGGAGGAUGACAUGGCUGACAAUACCACCACUACCAUCUCUACCCAGCCAGACCCUGACUUAGAGGAGGAUGACAUGGCUGACAAUACCACCACUACCAUCUCUACCCAGCCAGACCCUGACUUAGAGGAGGAUGACAUGGCUGACAAUACCACCACUACCAUCUCUACCCAGCCAGCCCCUGACUUAGAGGAGGAUGACAUGGCUGACAAUACCACCACUACCAUCUCUACCCAGCCAGACCCUGACUUAGAGGAGGAUGACAUGGCUGACAAUACCACCACUACCAUCUCCACCUCUUUCUCUUCCACCUCCUCCUCCAGCUCUAUCUCCACCUCCUCCGCCAUUUCCCCUUCCAACUCUACCACCUCCUCCUCCAUCUCCACCUCUUCCUCCUCCACUUCCAACUCCACCACCUCCUCCACCACCUCCUCCACCACCUCUUCCAUCUCCACCUCCAUCUCCUCUUCCUCCUCCUCCUCCUCCACCUCCACCACCUCCUCCAUCUCCACCUCUCCCUCCACCUCCAUCUCUUCCUCCACCUUCUCUACCUCCAUCUCCACCUCUCCCUCCACCACUUCGACCUCUCCCACCACCUUUCCCUACAUUUCCACUUCCACCUCUCCCUCCAUCUCCACCUCUCCCUCCACCUCCAACCCCACCACUCCUUCCAGUGCUGCCCCAGCAGACCUCACCACAGGGGGUCAGAGUGGAACACCAGCCCCUGGCUCGCCUGUCAUCCACCCUUACCCUGGAGAGGACAAUAUGGCUGCCAAUACUUCCCCCACCUCCACCACUGGCACUGCUACUGCUAUAGGGACCCAGAGUAGCACGUCGGGACUAGUAACUUCAGCCUCAGCCUCGGGCCCAGCCUCGGGCCCAGCAUCGGGCCCAGCAUUGGCAGCAUCGGCUUUGGCCUCGCCAGCUGAACCCACCCAACAUAAUGGCUUGACUCUGCCUAAGUCUAACCAGGACGCAGCAAGCACAGGGAAGCAGCGUGUGUAUGUGUGUGAUGUAUACAGAGACCUGGAUGACUGCAGGUUUAAGAUCCUUCCUCACCAGAAGAGAUACAGCCUCCUCAACCCAGAACCCAGGACCCUCUUCCACUGCAACUGUACCAGCAGACUGUCUGAGGUUCUGGUUCAGCAGAAGGAGAUAUCUGGGGUUCAGUCUAUCCUGUUGGAGUACAUCUCUCUGUCCUGUUUCACAUUACAGCCGCAGGUCUGCACACAGGGGACAAGCUGCUCUGCUUCUCUGGUCAAACCCUCACCUGCUCAGCUGGAGCAGCAGAAGAACAAUGGUGGAGACAUGGAAAAGUGGCGCCAUCUACAGGCCACUGGCCACAAUGGCAGGAGGCCCAAAUCUAGAUGGGCCAAACGCAGACUACACAAACUCUGCGUCAGGAUGACCAGGAAGCACAGUCAAUGUGCUUUAGUAGAAGAUGCAGUGCCAAUGUGAUGUAAUGUUGCCUGAUCUAUUUAGCCAUCCCAUUUCCUCCCCCAUGGGAUAUAGAUACUAUUUAUUUUUGUCAUUUGCAUUUUAGUCAUUGUAAAUCCAGAUGUAUCCAGAGCUGCUUAUAGUUGGUGCAUUCACUUUAAGAUAGCUAGGUGAGACAUCCACAUCAGCAAACUCAGUGCAAGUAGGAAAAAAGACAAGUGCAAGUUUUUGUUGUUGUUGGGGGGGAUAAGACAUAUACUAAUAACAUCUACUAGCAGUUGUAAAUAGUGAUAUGUGUAUCAGGGCCUUACUGCUGUAAAUGAAAAACGAUGUUUCAAGUCCUGAAUGUAAAUAUCUAAACUACUGUACUAUAGUGUUUUAUACUUUUUUUUUUAAAACUACUGUCUAUGCCCAGCAUUCAUUUAAUACUUUAUCUGACUGCAAAUUGUACAUAUAAGUUACUUGUAUAGAAAAACAUAUCAUUGUCAAAGACAAACAGUGUUUGCAUUUAAUGUUUUUAUUCAUUAUUUGUUUACUCUGUAAUAAUCCAGGCUGUAUCACAACCAGCCGUGAUUGGUAGUCCCAUAGAGCGGCGCACAAUUGGCCCAGCGUCGUCCGGGUUUGGCCGGUGUAGGCCGUCAUUGUAAAUAAGAAUUUGUUCUUAACUGACUUGCCUAGUUAAAUAAAGGUUCAAUAAAAUAAAACAUAGUUUUUUUAAAUAAACACUUUGACAUAGCCUGUAUGCUAUUUCUUACUGUUGUCUUCACAAUACUGUAAAUUUGAUGACACAUUAAACUACACUAUA